AUGGCUAUAUCAGAUGGGGGUCCAGUGUUUAUAAAGGCAAUUGAUGGGUCAAGUGAGUUCAAAGACAAACAUUAUAUUGCUGGGGUGUUGAAGGAUGUUAUAAAAGAGAUUGGACAUGAAAAAGUUGUCCAAGUCAUCACUGAUAAUGCUAAUGUGAUGAAGUCUGCCGGAGUUCUUAUUGAAGCAAAAAACACUGAAAAGAAUGAAGUUACAUAUGAGGAAUAUAGUUGGAUUACACGUAUUGCUGAUGAUGCAUCCUUCAUACGUGUUUUUAUUAUGAACCAUUCGAUGAGGUAUUACUCCAUUGAAUGGCUUUCGGAGAAUCCAAAACGCAUCUCUCCACAUCGGGAUCAUAAAAUUUCUAUGGAAAGGAGCAAGUGUUUGGAUCGAUACUUUGAAGAUGAGAAUGAAUUAAAGGUAGUGAAGUUUGAGUUUGCUGCAUUUUCAGGAGGGAGGUUUCCUUCACCAGAUGCCUUGACAGAUAGGUGGGCCUUACUCCCUUUGGUUUGGUGGCAAUACCAUGGCUCUGCAUUUCCAACUCUUCAAACCCCUGCCCUUAAACUUCUUGGACAACCUUGUUCAUCCUCAUGUACUGAGAGGAAUUGGAGCACAUACAAAUUCAUUCAUUCCUUAAAAAGAAACAAAAUGCCUCCUACAUGCGCUGAGGAUUUGGUAUAUGUGCAUUCUAAUUUUCGACUCUUGUCAAGGUGCAAUGAGGAGUACGUAAAUACAACAACAAAGAUGUUGGAUAUUGCAAGAGACUCUUGGAAUGAGAACGACAUACAUGGAGGAGCUGGAAUUCUUGAGAAUGCAGCCCUUACACUUGAUGAGCCAGAGUUGGAGGCCAUGGUUAUUGGGAAUGCUAGCACUAGUGUUACUACUAGUGAAAGUGAAGUUCGAAAUGAAGCUAUUGAUCUUGAUGAUGAUGAUGUUGCCGAUUAA